ACCGAACCCACCCACGCUCUGUGUAAUAAGAGGAAAGUUGAAUGAGAGACCCCGUCUAACUAGAAUCAAACUAGGUAUAUAAUCCCCCACUCCUCCAGUGACUCACGCAUUAGUAAAGCCUUGUUCCUGAUUCCAUCUCCGCUAUCGGAUCGGUAUCCACCUGACAAAUCAGGCACCCAAAGCCGCCACCAAUCUUUCAUCCCACCAAAGAUCUUAAUAAUUGAUAAGGGAAGGCAAUCCAGUGCAACUUUCUUUUCUCCAAACCAAACCAACCUAUACCUUGUAUCCCCCAAUAUACCACACAGAACCAAGGAUACCGACCAGGGAAAAAACAAACAAGGAGUUGAACCAAUAUAAUUAUCCCAAAAUGUCCAUCACAAUCGACACCUCCGUCGACAUCGACCUCCCCACCCCACCUCAGUCAAACGGCAGUCAAAAGCGCAACCUCCUCCUCGCCCCUCCCUCUGUUGCCGCCCACGAAGAGAAGCUUCAUCAUGUUUUCUCGACCUUCGAUCGCUCCUCGACCGAUCUCCAGAUGCUCGAUCGCCUUUCCGCAGGCUUCGUCUCCCUUCCUCCCAAUACAUAUGAUCUCGUGCUGGUGUUGACGGACGCACAGUCGGAUGAGGCUGUGCGGUUGUUGACUCGGGAUGUUUAUACCGCUUUGGUACCGGCGAUGAAGGCGGGCGCUAGAUUGCAGCUGCAGCAGGGGAGUUUGGGGGCUAGUGAGGGGUUGGAGGCUAUUUUGGCGGGGCUGGUGGAGAAGGAUGGUGGGUUUGAGAAGCCGGCGCAGGAGGCUGCUGUGCCGUUGAAGUUGGGUGGCAGGAAGAAGAAGGACAAGACCAAUGGGGUGCAGAAUGGAGUGGCUACGAAUGGAGCCAGCACAAACGGCGUGGGAAUGUUCGAUCCGACUCAGAACAACGAUGACGAGUUGAUUGAUGAGGAUGCGUUGCUUUCGGACGAUGAUUUGAAGAGACCUCUUCCACGACCCCAAAACUGUGUACCAGAGACCGCCAAGAAGCGCCGGCGUCCCUGCAAGGACUGCACCUGCGGCCUAGCAAAUCAACUCGAAGAGGAAGACCGUGCACGUGAGGCAAAGGCCGCCCAAGAUCUCAACAUUCUGAAGCUAAACACAGACGAUCUGAACGACGAGCUAGACUUCACCGUGCAGGGCAAGACGAGCUCGUGCAACAGCUGCUCGCUCGGCGAUGCGUUCCGUUGCUCCAGCUGUCCGUACAUCGGACUGCCGCCGUUCAAGCCCGGCGAAGAGGUCAAGAUUAUGAAUGAUAUGGUUCAGCUGUGAGGAUGUUUUCUUUCUGGGUCUGGUUUUCGGGUCUUACUUAAUAUCCCCUAAAAGGUGUUUCAUGGCGAUAGAUUUUCGGUAAGGUAUUGUUAUGAAUGGCAUGAUUUGUUUUCUCAAGGAUGUAUGAAAGAAAGAAAGCUAUUUCAAACUGGAAAUUUUCUGUUGUCCUUUUUAUAGUAAGUAGUUAUAUACGCAUUAAAAGGUUCCAUUUCGAAGCCAGGUUAUAA